UCUAUGGGGAAAUUUGAAUGGAGCAGCCACGGUCAUAGUGGCACAAAUUGCGAUGAACAACAGAGUCAGAAUUGUUGUGGUUGGGGAUUCGGGUGUGGGCAAGACCUGCCUGACGCACCUGAUCGCCCACAACGAGUCGCUGAUCAGACCUGGCUGGACUGUGGGCUGCAACAUCCAGGUGAAGAUUCACGAGUUCAAGGAGGGAACCGCCCGCCAGUGCCCCUAUUUCGUGGAACUCUUCGAUAUCGGCGGAUCGCUGAGCCACAAAAACACGCGCGGCGUAUUCUAUACGGGCGUGCAUGGCAUUAUCCUGGUGCACGAUCUCACCAAUGGCAAGUCGCAGGAGCAGCUGCUCGACUGGCUCUACGAGAUUGUCAACAAAGAGGGAAAGGAUACGUACAAGUCGCGGGGCAACUCCCUGCCCCCAUCCCCCACCCCGCUGAGCAGCUUCUCCUCGAACACCUCGGCAACGGACGUCCACGUCCGCUUCGACAUGGAGGAGUUUCUGGGCGCCACCCAAACGCCCAUCCUGGUUAUGGGCACCAAGCUGGACCUCAUCGACGAGAAGCGCCAGCCCAAGACGGCGGUAAAAAAGGCCGGCGGAAUAGCCGAUAAAUGUGGCGCCGAAGAGAUAUGGCUUAAUUGCCGGGACACCCGUAGUCUGGCCGCUGGAACCACCGAUGCCGUGAAACUCUCACGCUUCUUCGACUGCGUGAUUGAGAAACGCGAAUCGCUGGGGGGCAGUGGCAGCCACGCAUUUGGAAUAGGCGGCUUCAACGCCGGCAGUCCGCCGGACAGGCGACGUUACGGUCCGACUAGCGGCAAAAUGGAACCCAGUGCCGUUCCUCUUUUGGAGACCACCGAUCUUAAGUGAUGAAUGCAUUCAAUGUUAGAUAUAAGUUAUGUUGUAUAUAUCGGGCGAGAAUCAUUACAACUUGAAUUCUGUUUAA